AUGUGCUUCACCAGGCAAGCCCGCAGCCGCCCAGCCACGCCCACAGGAGCCAGCAAUGGCGAGAUUCCUGUGACCAACGUGCGAGUGGUCUGCCGCAUUCGGCCCAUGAACGACCGCGAGAAAAAGGCAGGGGCCACACCUGCAGCCACGGCUUCCACCGAACGCAAGGAAGUUGCCGUUGUGCGCAUCCUCGCCGGUGGCACCCGCCAGGUGAGAUCAACCUUCCACUUUGAUGACGUCCUCACGUCCUUCAGCAGCCAAGAAGAUGUCUUUCGGGCCACUUUGCAACCUCUGGUUGGCCAGGUGCUGGCAGGGUACGAGACGACAGCCUUUGCGUAUGGGCAGUACACGUACCCGUGCCACGCUUGCUUCCAGGGACAGAUCCCUGCGCAUCCCGAGUUCACGGAGAGCACUGUGACGGUGUCCUACCUGGAAAUCUACAACGAGGCAGAUCGCACGCGGGCGCUGGAGCUGAGCGACCUGCUUGCUGGGUCUGAGCGCCACCCGAAGUUGGACCUGAAGGACAGGAUGAUAGUAACCUACUAA